AUGGCAGAUGUCGCAGCUGCAUUUGCUCAAGCCGAACUCACCCCAAGCGUCAUAGAAAAUGCCCCAAAACAGAAGUUACACCUAACCUGGGACGGCAUCCAGGUCGAACCAGGGAUGACCAUGUCGACGCGGAAUCUGAAAGAACGCUCCUCGUUUCCAUCUCCCCGGAGCGGACCCAGAGAGCACGUUCUCCUUAUUGAUGAUCGUCGAAGCUUUUCAGAUCCUGACAACUUAUCGAGGAAAAACCCAUCGGUCGCCGAGUGGUUACAUUGGCUGGUGUGUAAUAUCCCGGCUAGCAAUGUUCUCGAAGGCAUCAACGGAGGACAACACCAAAUGCCAUAUGGAUCUCCAGCUCCUCAGCCACGAACAGACAUUCACAGAUAUGUUAUACUGAUGUGGGAGCAUCAAGGAAGGCGCAUCAACGUCCCUAAGCCGUCGACCCGAGCGAAGUUCAACGUAAAGCAGUUCAUAGAGAAGCACAAGCUGGGCGAUCCAAUUGCGGGAAACUUCUUCCUUUGUCAACACGAGUGA